AUGCUAAAACAGUAUAAAAAGUGGGGAUCGAAGAUCCAUGCAGCCGUCAAUGGUCCAGCUUAUGGAACUUUCGAGGACGUUCCCGAAGGAGCGUGGAUACAAAUCGCCGGCGCUGUUAUCUCGAGCGCAAAUUGGAAAGAUCCGAACCAUUUCUUAUCCACGCACAUGUCAAUGCUCAUCAUCCCGUCAACGGCACCUGCAGUCCAAUCCCUCCGUUGUCGGACCACCACUUCUUCAAUUUCACUUCCUUCGAAGAUAUUUAUCGGGACUAUCCACACCGUCGGGAAGUUAUCGCCGAUGAAGAAUAGCGCUGGGGCGGAAAGGUCAAUCCCUUUCACCAUCACGAACGCCAGAAACGUCGAACUCUACUGUAUUGCCUAUGGAAGAGUGGCUGAGGAGUUCUCAUACCAGUGGUUACGUCCUCAUGGAGCGGUUGUCCGCUGUAUCCUAAGUGAGUGGAGGGUCUCGCGUUCCAGAGUGAUGCACAGCUUGAGUUACGAAGACAUCAUCGUCGACGGUGGAGAAUACUGCCGCUUUUGGUUCGAUCCUGAUAUGCCUGGCCUCCCCCCACUGGUGCGCAGGAAUAAAGGAGAGAAUGCAAAUUUCUCGGAGGUGGUGGAAAUGGGAGACAAUUCUUCGGCAUAA